AAAUGCAUAGAAGGAAGGAAGGAAGGAAGGUUAGGUUAGUUAGCAUAGGGCGCGGUGGUUUGAGAGUCUACGUUGACGCUCAUAUCUUCACACAACAAAUCCAACCAUCUCUCUAUAUAUAAUAUACACCAUACACAGACAGAAUAAAAUAGAAUAGAAUAGAAUCAAUCGGGGUGAUGGGGAACGCAUCGUGCGUGUUUGCAGGUUGCAUAGACCAAGCGAGCGUGGGAAUUGUGGAAAAAUGGGGUCGGUUUGAGAAAAUGGCAGAGCCAGGCCUCAAUUUCUUCAACCCUUGCGCCGGUCAGUAUCUCGCCGGUGUUCUCUCCACCAGGAUUCAGUCUCUUGAAGUCAAAAUCGAGACUAAAACCAAGGAUAAUGUAUUUGUUCAGAUAAUUUCUUCCAUUCAGUACCGAGUAAUAAAGCAAAGCGCUGACGAUGCCUUCUACGAGUUGCAGAACCCUGGGGAACAAAUUCAAGCAUAUGUUUUUGAUGUUGUAAGGGCACAGGUUCCAAGAAUGACUUUGGAUCAGCUCUUUGAGCAGAAGGAUGAAGUUGCAAAGACUGUAUUGGAGGAACUCGAGAAGGUGAUGGGAGGAUAUGGGUACUCGAUAGAGCAUAUACUGAUGGUGGACAUUAUACCUGAUCCCUCUGUGCGUAGAGCAAUGAACGAAAUCAAUGCAGCACAAAGGCUUCAACUUGCUAGUGUAUACAAAGGAGAAGCUGAUAAGAUCCUUCAAGUUAAGAAAGCAGAAGCGGAGGCUGAAGCCAAAUAUUUGGGGGGAGUUGGCGUGGCAAGGCAGAGACAAGCAAUAACAGAUGGAUUAAGAGAAAACAUAUUAAACUUUUCGAAUAAGGUGGAAGGUGCAUCUGCAAAAGAAGUGAUGGAUCUUAUUAUGAUCACACAAUACUUUGACACUAUUAAAGAUCUUGGAACUUCAUCAAACAACACCACCGUUUUCAUUCCCCAUGGCCCGGGCCAUGUUAGAGAUAUUGGCGAUCAGAUUCGUAACGGCCUCAUGGAAGCCAAAGCAGGAGCCAGCUAAGUAAGUAAGGAAGAGAACUACAUGUUAGUUUUGAAGUAUUUCUCAUUUCUUUGAUGUUUAUGUGAUGGUUACAAUGGAUUUGUUAACACUGAAUUGGUUAAAGUGCAUAUAUUAAUAUGGAUUGGUCAAAUACUCAAAUGACCUUGAUAUUCAGUGGGUGUGUUGAAAUUGUUGUUUGUAGUUUACUUUAUUAAAUGAUUUUUGUUAUUUUA